AUGAAUCCAGAGUGCCAUCUGCCUCCUCUGUCAUGGAUAUUAAUAUUGUCCCACAGAUACGAUUACCUCUUCAAGCUCUUGCUUAUUGGAGACUCUGGUGUCGGAAAGUCAUGCCUGCUCUUGCGAUUCGCCGAUGACACGUACACCGAAUCCUACAUCUCUACCAUCGGUGUCGAUUUCAAAAUCCGAACCAUCGAACUCGAUGGAAAGACUGUCAAGCUCCAGAUUUGGGAUACUGCCGGUCAAGAACGAUUCCGAACCAUUACCUCCUCCUAUUACCGAGGCGCUCACGGUAUCUGUGUGGUCUACGAUGUGACAGAUAUGGACUCGUUCAACAACGUCAAGCAAUGGCUACAAGAAAUCGACCGCUAUGCUACUGAAGGAGUCAACAAGCUACUCGUCGGCAACAAGAGCGAUAUGUCGGAUAAGAAGGUGGUCGAGUACACCAUGGCAAAGGAAUUUGCCGAUAGCUUGGGAAUCCCUUUCCUCGAGACCUCCGCAAAGAAUGCAUCCAACGUUGAACAAGCGUUUUUGACCAUGGCCCGGCAGAUCAAGGAGCGCAUGGGAACCACCACCGUCAACAACAAGCCCACGGUUCAAGUUGGACAAGGCCAAGGUGUGCAGUCAGGUGCUGCUGGUGGUUGCUGCUAA